AUGUUCUGGAAAAGUAUCUACCUACCCUCCAAAAUCACAGCCCUGCUUGAAAAAGAGGACGUAACCUUAGAAGAAUUGUUGAAGGAAGAUGACAUCAUCGAUGAGUGCAAAUCCUGCAAUACUCAGCUUAUUGACAUAAUAGUGAAAGAAGAAAACCUAAAGAAGAUUGUUGACAUGAUGGUCAGUCGGCCAGACGAUGAACUGAGUGAGAAAGAGAAAUAUAGAAACGCCCACGUAGCCUGCGAGAUCUUGACCUCUGACCUGACACGGAUAACCGAAGCCCUGUCAGAGAACGAGGCCUGCCUCGAGAAAAUUUACUCAUUUUUUAGGCAAGAACCGCCGCUGAAUCCACUGCAGUCAAGUUUUUUUAGCAAAACGAUGGGGCUGUUGAUUACUCACGAAAGUAGAAAGACAUUAUCGUUCUUGAAGUCGAAGGACGAUUUCGUAGAUCUACUCAUGAGAAAUUUAAACAUCUCGGCCAUUUCUGACCUCUUGCUCCGACUCAUCACCUGCAUCGAGACCAUCGAAGUUAGGAACGAGUGCUUCCAGUGGUUGAGUGAACAGAAGAUAGUAGAACGCCUUCUAGCAUUGGUUGAUGCCUCCCAGUCAAAUGAAGUAUGCGCGAAUCAAUGA